CACUGUAUUCUAUCCUAUCACGUCGACGACUUCGACGUCUUCUCCUCCAGUGGCCAGUGUGUCGAGAAACACGACUUGCGUUAAUGACGACCCGAAGAAUCGUACUGUUGUGUGCCGUUGCCGCGUGCGUCUCAGCCGCCUCCUCGGAGAUCUCUGUCCGCAUCGAAAGACACUUCCCAUGCUCAGCUAGUUCAGGUCCAAAGAAAGAUUCUUUGCUCAUCAAGUUCCCAUCAUACAAAACCGCCGGAGUUCAAUUCCACGAAGAAAUUGGAGAGAAUGGACACAAAUGCUUCAGAAUGUCCGGUGGCAAAGUUGAGGUUUAUGCCCCAGGACUAAAUGGCUCCAAGAAAUACUAUGUGCAUCUUGAGACAAGAAUCGGAAUCCACGGAAAGCCAGAACGAUGCGUAAAUGCUGAUGCUAAUGGGUGUGGAGGAAUCGGAUCAUGUGUUCACUGCGACAUCUGUCACACUAUGGGAGGAUCUCUCAAGAACUUUGUUCAAAUCUUCCAAGCCGAUAAGCCAGCUCAAUGCUCUACCACGGGACUCUCGGCAGGAUCAUACAGCGACUUGUCCCUCCGCGUGUGCCUUCCAACCAAAAACGAACUUCUCCCAUUCCUCGAUCAAAACGCCUCUCGUGCCGAGCAGCUCUGGGAUCUCUUUGUCAGCUCCCGUGCUCGUUCCGGUGAGAUCCCACUUGUCAUUGCCGCCCGUCUUUUCGAUAGACCAAUCAAUAAUUUGGAUGCCAAGACAUUGAACACUAUUCUUCACGACUCGAAGGAAGGAAUGAUCGGAUGCCACUGGAUCUACGCGACGGUGUCCCAGCCAAACUAAUUUCACGAUUUCAUCAGCUUUUUUGUCAUUUUUUCUUUUUUCUUUCAUUUCACCAAUUCCAUCGAUUCUGGUUGAGUCGGUGUGUGUCUGUAUUUCAGUGGACGACCGGGUAAAACCAACAAAAUUUACAGCAUUCAUUCUUUUUUUUAAAUUCUUUUAAACUCUUUUUAACUUCACUUAUUUUUUUCUCCCCGAAAUCUCGAUCAAAUGCAUGCAUCUGUAUGAAUUCUUUCUUUUUUUCUUUUAUUAUACAUAAUCAUAAAUAUGUAUUCUACAAAUUGAAUUGAAUAAUCGAGAUUUUGAUG